GACAACAUCCUUAGCUGGAAUUCCCGAGUCGACGAUGGGCUGCUCCUGCCGGCUGCUGCUGUGGCUGGGAGCUGCCGGAACUAGUCUUUGCUCCAAUUCUGAGUCCCAGGCACCUUUUCUAACAUCCUCGCCUUUGCCCGUGCUAGUCUCCAAUUCCCAGGAGCAGAAAGUCACCCCCACGCCCAGUAGAUUGGAGCCAGCUUUCCUCCCAAAUCCUCUAGGCACACGGGGGCCUUGGGUGUUCAGCACACAGUGCGACGGGGCAUACACGGGAGGCAGCGUGGCGGUGACAGUGGGAGCUGCUGGGCCGCUGAAAGGCGUGCAGCUGUGGCGGGCGCCAGACACCGGCCAGGAUCUGAUCUCCGCCUACGGAGCCGCGGGCGGCAAAGGCUCCAGAAACCACCUGUCACCCGCGCACGGCAUCUUCCUCCCGGCGGUCUUCUUCCUCAGUCGCGGGGAUCUUGUGGGGCAGCAGGGCGAGGACGCCUGUCCCGGAGUCAGCGGAGCCAGUGGGAAAGAUGCGCCCCGGCGGAGAGCUGGGGAAGGCGUCCUUGUUGCCUGGACAGCGGUACGGGGAGGAGGGGUCCCUGGCCCCGGAGAUUUCCAUCUUGGUGCGGCUCAGGGGAGCCCUGAGAGCCAGCUCGUCUGUCUGGGAGAGUCUUGGGCCACUGGAGAGCAUGCGGCAACGGAUGGGACCGUAAGGGUCCCAGGCUGGAGACGCUGGGCCGGCGGGGGCGGGGGUGGCGGGGGUGGCACCUACCUCCUCCGGCUGCCCGCGGGGGAGCCAGAGCCUGCUGGUGGCGGCGGGAGGGGCUACUGGAGGCGACCCGACCGAGGCCGGACUCAGGCGGCCCCCUAGAAACUGGAGAACCCAGCGGCCGCGCCUGGGAGCAGCGGGAGAGGAGGCGCGGCAGGUGGAGGAGGCGGCUGGACGUCGCCGGCCUCUCCGCAGGCCGGACGCUCACUGCGGGAAGGGGCCGAGGGCGGCGAGGGUUGCGCAGAGGCCUGGGCCACGCUCCGCUGGGCCGCGGCUGGAGGCUUCGGGGGCGGCGGCGGGGCCUGCUCGGCUACCGGGGUAGAUGGGUGAUGAGGAGGAGGAGGAGGAGGAGGAGAAGGAGGAGACACUCCAGAGUCUGACAUCCUCUGGGCCGAUGGGGAAGAUGGCAUGUCCUGUGUUCACCCCAGCAGUGAGCUCUACCUGUAGCCUUUAGCAGUCACAGAGGGCCAUGGGGAGGUGGAGAUCCAAAAGCAUUCCAACUGCAGUCACUGCUCUUUCAAAGACUGCCAGUGGCAGGCAGAGCUCCAGAUGGCUGAAUGCCUCUGUCCAGAGGGCAUGGAGAUGGCUGUGGAUAAUAUCACUUGCAUGGACCUGCCAACCACCACAAGCCCUGUGCUUCUGAUGGAAGCCAUAGUGGCAGCCUUGACACUGAGUCUCCUUAUGAUGUGUGGAGUCCUAAUUCUAGUGAAUCAGAAGUGGCAGAGCCUGUGGGGGACCAGGCUGCCAGGCCCUGAGCUCAAGCUGAGCAAGCUUCGAACCUCUGCCAUCAGGACAGCCCCUGACCCCUAUUACUGCCAGGUGGGACUCAGCCCUGCCCCAUCCUGGCCUCUGCCCCCAGGGCUCACUGAGGUGUCCCCAGCCAACGUCACUCUACUCAGAGCCCUUGGCCAUGGUGCCUUUGGUCUUCCUGGGAACUCCAGCCCCCUGCAGGUGGCUAUCAAGACGCUGCCAGAGCUCUGCUCCCGUCAGGAUGAGCUGGACUUUCUCAUGGAGGCUCUCAUCAUCAGCAAGUUCAGCCAUCAGAACAUCGUUCGCUGUGUGGGCCUCAGCUUCCAGGCUGCCCCUCGCCUUAUUCUGCUGGAGCUGAUGUCUGGUGGGGAUAUGAAGGCUUUUCUGAGGCAUAGCAGACCACACCCAGGCCAGCCAUCACUUCUUGCCAUGCAGGACCUGUUGCAGCUGGCCCAGGAUAUAGCCCAGGGCUGCCACUACCUGGAAGAAAACCACUUCAUCCACAGAGAAAUCGCCGCCCGUAACUGUCUGCUGAGCUGCACCGGCCCUGGCCGAGUGGCUAAGAUCGGAGACUUUGGAAUGGCAAGAGACAUCUACCAGGCCAGUUAUUACCAUAAGGGGGGCCGGGCCUUGCUCCCUGUCAAGUGGAUGCCCCCAGAAGCUCUCCUGGAGGGCAUUUUCACAUCCAAAACAGACUCCUGGUCUUUCGGAGUACUGCUCUGGGAGAUCUUCUCACUGGGUUAUAUGCCCUACCCUGGGCAUACCAACCAGGAGGUCCUAGACUUCAUUGUCACAGGGAGCUGGAUGGGCCCUCCUAGGAACUGCCCUGGGCCAGUGUACAGGAUCAUGACCCAGUGUUGGCAGCAUCAACCUGAGCUUUGCCCUGACUUUGCCAGCAUCUUGGAGCGCCUCCAAUACUGCACUCAGGACCCUGAUGUGCUGAAUUCACCCCUGCCAGUGGAACCAGGGCCCACUCUAGAGGAGGAAUGGGCUUCUGGACUGGGGAACAGGUCCUUGGAGGGUCUUAGAUCCCCACAGGCCCUGGAGCUGAGUUCAGAGAACUUGAAAAGCUGGGGAGGAGGCCUUCUUGGCUCUUGGCUUCCCUCUGGCCUCAAGGCCCUCAAAUCCAGAUGCUUCUGACCUCAGAACAUUUGGAACCCCACCUAUGGCUCUUGGACCCCAAGGGACCCCAAGGAUGAAGACUCAGGCGCUGACUUCAGCAAUGGCUUCUCCUUGCGUUCCUUCCCAGGCUUCUAGAUGGCUUGUUGGUCCAGUAGCCUCUGACCCCUGCAGUCUAUGUCAGGGCUGUCCUGGCAGCCUGGCCUUUCCACAUCAGAAACCAGUCCAAAUCCCCUUGGGGGCCACUCUCUGUCUUUGGAACCAGAGCCCACACACACACACACUGCAGGACUCGGGUGGGAAUCACAGAUUGUCCUCUCCUGUAAGUAUCUUUCAUCUGGCCCAUCCCCAGUGCUACAGAUGUUUCUAAUAAUAAUUAAACAAC